AUGCCAUUCCAAACUUUCGGAAGUCAGCCCACGCACCGCUAAAGCCGGCAAAUCUCAAUAACCCUGCCAUAUCAUGCUGCUUUUUGUUUUUCAAUUGACAUUUUCUUAUUUACUGCAGAUUCCCUUAGGCAAUUACACUUUUGUUGACUUUUUCGCUUCUCUCAAUCUCCACAAAUCCGGGACAAAGCUUGGAAAUAAAGGGGGGAACGACCAGAACUUCUGAAUGCCCGCCUUUCCGGCCGUUUACAAAAAGCCGUAAAGACGAAAAACUGGGACGACUUAUUUUUGUCCGGCUUGAAAUCGUCAAGUUUCUGGUAUAAUCCGGCUUAAUUCACUGUUCUUUAUAAAAAAAACUUAUCAAUCCACAUCUAAUCUAACCCGUGUUUUUUGUAAUUCAGGGUAUUCACGGUGUUCAUUACUAAUUGGGGACUCAAAAUACUCGAUUUUAAUCUGUUCUACGGUAUUUUCGCUGGCAAAAUGCUAUGAUAUUAUAUGAUUUUCAGCUUUAUAGGCCUUUAAAUCUCUACUCUUCCAUUGUUUGUACGAAAAUUUCUGAGAUUUCACAAUGAAGUAGCACAGUAAUCCAUCCACAUUCAUCGCCUAAUCUGCAGUAGUCCACUGCCUCGAAUAAGAGAUAACGUGACUUCAGUAAAUCGUCGGCAUCAUUUACUUUUUUUUCUAGGCGGCAUUUGACGACGGUUACAUUUUAAUUCAGGCGUAACUCUUGUACUUCUUCCAGAGUUUGGAGAAAUAACACCUGCUAUCCGCAUAAAACUGUUAGUCCUGCGGUAAAUAUUGUUACCGUUCUUGCAGGGCUUCACUUUCUAUGGAAGUUAGAGUUUUUUAUUUUUGCAGAUCUUCAAUAUUUACAAUUUUCUCAAUUUUCUUGGAAUUAUAGACCAUUCCACAACUACACUUGCAUAUAAUCCUUUCAAACGUUUGCGUGUUAUUCUCCGAUAUUUUUAAUUGCGCUUUGCUUUACCUCAAAUGUUUUUUCUUUCAGGGUUUCCCUGACGACCGAGAAGACGGCAAAGUGAUAGUCCUUGGGAAAGGCAACAGCCUUCUGCGUGCACAAAACUGACGCACGACAUAAAACAAACAACGGGGAGCUCAGAAGAAGAGGGUGACAAUACAUCUGACCCAGAAAAUUGCCAACAAUACAAAGGAAAUUACUCGCCUACGAGUACGAACUUCGCAAAGUUCAACAAAACAAACUUUCGAUUCGACAAGUCUGCUGGAAUCAACACAUCUACAAACACGACAAAAGAACAGAAACUUCAACUGCAACCACAUCAAAACUUGAACAAAUAGCCAGGCCCAAAGAACGACUUCUAGCACUACAAAGGAACUCCCGAAGAAACGUUCUUUCCUCUUCAUCAACACGUUUAUUUCCGACUUUGUGUGACCCGAUUCGACCGUUGUUUUUCGAGUCCAUCGCCCGGACAACGACCGCAAGUUGGCCAGCGAGCCUGUUUCAGAGCGCAGUGGCCAAAGAGAAAAACCAGCCAGUGAGGCCGAAAACUUGACGACCGGCGCCGAAACGCCCUGCGGAAGAGAUUCGGUGAGCCAGGUGUGGAGAGAUUCGGAAGCGAGUGGCCAGUGCGCUGCGGCGCUCUCCCUUACCUUUGGCCCGGUGGCGUUUUCGGCUCACCGAAGCGUCGGGAAUCGAACGCAACUGCAUUCUUCGGCCGUUCGGUCAUUUCUCUUCAUUUGCAUAACAUUUCGUGCGGUUUUUGGUCCGCAUCCGGUCGGGGGAGUUAUUUUUGCGGCCAAGUUACGGUUUUUGGGCAAUUACUCUUCACUUCUUUUCUACAACUGUACAAAAAGAGCCAAGACUACUAAUCCUUAAAGGCGUCCUUCUUUCUUUCCCACGAUUGACAUCUACUACAUACUGUCAACAUCUCCGUCCUUUGCCAAUUAUAGCUAUUUCCUUUGCCCGUCCCCGAAAGGUAAUUCCACCUGUCACGCUGGGCUCGAAAGCACGGAACGUUACUUUCUCAAGGAUCGCAUAUUUUCCUUUCCCAUUGAGAAGCACUAAACUUUCUUCACAACUCACAAGGACAGCUGACAAGUGUAACGUGUCUUUAUCAACCGUCCAAAAAGAGAAAAGAGAGGGACUCCGCCUUCGGCCACAUUACAUUCAUUUCGACGAGCUUUCUGUGGGGUUUACCGGUGUGCCGCCAACGGCUUAAAACAUUCGCGAUACGUAAGCCCCUGAAGGCCCAGUGGGGGGACACAGAAUCCUGGGGCUCAAUCCCUCUCAUUUCCGAGGAAAUUUUCUCAAUUUUUAUUGCCGACACAAUUAGGGCCGAACACAUUCCUGGCGACGCCUAAUUACGGCGGCCGGUAGAAUCCGAAUCAAAACACCACCUUUAACUCGGCAUUCCCAUUCCCUCGAGGCCGAAUUGUCGUCGUUUGGGGUGGAAUUCGCGGGCAUUCGUGCCGUGGACGGUCUCGGACCGACAGCCGUGAACCUUCCUACUAAUCCAUUGCCUCAUUUAGUUGUAUCGACAGCCUCCGUGGACACCGACUACAGUUCGUCCAGCCCGGGUGUAACAGACGACGAGAGCUCAUUUACAGAUUUUUCGUCAACAACCGAACGAAUCCCAACUGAACGACGAAGUCGAAGACGGCGAAGGAGAAAACCAACCAGCCGAAUUGAGUGGUCUAGUGUUUCGUCGGCGGAUUCAAGUCGUCCGCCCAGUUAUUUCGCAAACUCGGCCGCGUUGACUUAUCUGUACAGUCAUCAGCGAGACCAAAGCAACAAAAUCACAGACCCAAAGGAGGAGCCUAUUCAACUACCGCAAGAGGAGAAUUUCUUCGUCCCUUAUCAUAAACGCUUCAACAAUCCGGUGACACAAACUCCUCCGCCUUUAUCGACAAACAAGGCCAGGCGGAAGGAGAGUUCUUAUUGGAAGAAUCGAGAGAACGAAGAGAUCGACCUUCCAUCCUCCAGCUGCAACGAGGGUAGCACCCACAAAUACUCUAGCGCUUCGACAGCAAGUGUUUGCGAUCAGUUCCAGCUCUACAAGAAAGCACUGGCUGAGCUCGACCAUAACGAAAGAUUUAACGAGUUAGUGAAGAAAUACGGUCUACAAGCCUGUAUUUCAUCUGAUUCAACCGGUCAAUUGGAAAACACACAACAAGCAGCAGAAGAAGGCCCGAGCCACUUCGCCAAUACGUACGAGGUGCUUCAAUUUUAUUAUCCAUUCAACAACUUGAGGCGAGCACCAACUCCAUUUCGUGUAAUCAACAUUGAUUCCGAUCUUCCAUCAACAGCACGAAUGGAGACUUCGAACGGAACUCGCCCUGACGGCGAGAAUGGUGGAUACAGCGGGACUCCAGUAAAGGGGAUUUGCACAAUUCCAGCGCGCAAAAGCGGUGUAUUUGCACUAAGUUUUCAAGGAAUAGCCUUUGUUCUAUGCGCUGCAAUUGUAUCCAUUUUCUUUUGUCAUAUCGGUGGAUACUCAACAAUCGCAAAUGGAGUCUUUCACAUCGGUGUGAACCGAACGCAUGUCAACGAGAAAGGAGAGAUCAUAGGCUACUCCCAAGCGUUCGCUGUUUCUGAUUGGCACACUCGUGUCAAACGACAGAAUGAUGAGAAUCCUCCAUUAGAAGAAGCUGGCGACGGAGAGGAACAGGAUAACAACACAAUAAAGAAGGGUAAGAAGAAAGGUGGCAAAGGAAAGAACAAGAAGAAAAAAGAAGACGAGGAAAAAGCCACUGAAGAAACUGAUGAUCAAGAAGCGGAGAACGUCAAAGAACCUAAAGAGGCCGCUGCGCCCCCAAAACAAGAUCUAUUUCCUACUCCAAUUCAACUCGAUCAGCCCGUCAAUCAGCUAAAUCCCGAGGAACCGCAGCCAAAUCCACCUCCAAACAUGGAAGAUGAGAUUGACUUGCCUCAAACUGACGUAAGUUAAAGAUGCACUUUCCUUAAAAGUUCAAAAAAUUGCAGCUGUAAACAUUCCGCCAUUAAAUUUUACUUUGUUAUUUACGUAAAUUAACUUGGCAAUUUUUAAUUUCAGGACGUACAAGGAAAUGCGGAUACAAUUCCGACAGCUGCAGCUACCGUUCCUUCGACUGUUCGGGCUGCAGAAAUCACAACCGUCCCUUCAAUGUUCCAAACAACAACACCCAGCCCAGUUAUUGUUGCAACAACAAACGCUGGGGCAGGUACAACCGAAAGUGAAGAGCUAAUAAAACCGGACGACGAACUACAGCCAACAGAGCUUAAUACUACACAACCUUCAAGUACGGCAACAAUGUCAACUAGUGACUUAUCGGAAGACCUAGAUGAAGAGGAGCCUGGAUACUACGAGAAGAUCUACGACGGGCCAUUUCCCUUGGUCCGACCAGCAAUCCUUCACAUUGGGAAUUUGGAAUUCGAACUACUCAACAUUCUUCGCGCUUCGUGUGUGGUCUACCUGGUCCUAUGUUUUAUUUGGUUUUUGUCGCUUAUCUGCUUGGGGAUGUCGCUGUAUUUCGAGGUGCUGGACCUGGUCUACAUCAACAUUUUCGUCCUGACCGUGGUGUCAGUUUAUACGCUAAUUAAGGCCCUUUUGGUGGGAAUUCUCAUCUUCAAGCAGGUAGGCUUUGUUAUGAAAAACUCGUUAAGGGUUUUACCCGAGUAUAUUAAUUUUUUGGUCCAUAAAGUAGUAGUUAACGAAGGGGUUUUUUCCAUUCAUAUUUGUUCGUAACAAAUCCACUAUAAUCCCAUCGAAUGGGUCUAUUUUUGCCAUCCUUUCCGCCCACAAAAAUUUAUUACCUGCCAAACAACAGGUUGUGAUACUUUCGAAAGGACACGAAAUACCUAGAAAAUGUUAUAAACAUUCCAAAUUUACAAAAACAUUCCCAAUCUAAUCCAAAUUUCCUGUUUUCAGAAGGCUUUCGACUGGCAUAUUCUUGGAGUCAUUUCCGGUACAGUCGGUAUUCUAAUCCUCGGUUUUGUAUUCAUGUUGGGAGCUAUGGUGUUAAUGGUAAUUUGGUAUCGAUACAUCGACUAUAUGAAUGGCGGAAACGAAACAGUAAGUUAUUUUUUGGAGGGAAUGCUAAUUAAAAAGGGGAUUACAAUCCAAUUUCAUCAAACUUUUGGCAAUACUAAAGUACGAAAAAAAAGAAAAAACUUUACAAUUUGUACUUUCUCGGCAAUUUCGACUCCAUGAUAAAAAAUUUCGUAUAAAAAGUUCUUAUCCCAGAGAUUUCUCAAUUAGAGAGACGGACCUGAUACAGUGACAAAAAACGUACCAUUUUGCAUCCGGGAAGUGUCAAAAAUGAAGCAAAAUGCCUCCCUCUCCAAGCGCAAAAACUCCGUUUUGAAGACGCGCUUUUGAAAUCAGAGUUUUUUCACUUGGAGAGGGAGGUAUUUUGCUACAUUUUUUGAUACUUUCCGGAUGGAAAAUCGUACUUUUUCCACUGGAUCAGGUCCGUCUCUGUGGAGGCUUUUGAGGCUCCACAACAAAUUGCGAAAUCUCUGGGAUAAGAAAUUUUUAUUCGGUUUAUCAUGAAGCCGAAAUUGCCGAGAAAGUACAAAUUGUAAAGCUUUUUCCUUUUUCGUCUGUAUCACCUUUAACAACAAGCUCUUUUUUCAGUGUCUUUGUACCUCUUCAAUUGCUCACUACAUCAAGAGUCGAAGAGGAUCGGGUAGGCAGCAGCAGCCCCGUCAAGCCCGACAGAAUGCCGCAGGCGACUACUCCAUCCCAGAGGCCACUCAGCAUGCCAAUCUGCCCUACAUCGAUGAGCCGCCCGUCCAUCAGUUCAGUAACUUUUGA